CCCAACUGAAUGUGGGAGGCGAGGAAAGAAAAGCAUUAGAAUAGCGUUGGAGGAGGAUCCGUCAUCCCUCGCAAAGUAUUACUUUUGCAGAGCUCAUCAAACCGAACCUUCAUUCCCGCCUUCACGUUUUCUUUCCUUUCACCAACAACAACUUUUGUUUCUUUUCCUUUUUAUUGUAUUGGUGAAGCUUCACCAUAAUUCAAUUAUGAGCUCCACCACUUCGAAAGCCACGUCCACGAUUUGAUUCCUGGAUCCAACGCAUCCAUUAAGUCGGAAUUGAGGUGGCGUUUUGAAUUGCUAAUGUGCAUCACGGUUCGGCUUUCUUUUGGUUUCUAGCUUUCGCGAUGGCGUGGUUUAGUGGGAAAAAUACAUGGGGAAACUUCCCUGAUUUGGCGGGAGCCGUCAAUAAGCUUCAGGAGAGUGUGAAGAACAUCGAGAAGAAUUUUGAUUCUGCUCUUGGAUUCGAAGAGAAGGGUGAAUCCAGCAAUGAAGAUGCCGGAUCAUGGCCUAUACCUGCUGACAGGAAAACCCUAUUUAAUCCCGUCAUGUCUUUUAUGGCGAACAAAAGUGAGGAAACUACUGAAGAAAUGUCUCAAAAAGACGAAUACUCUCAACAAGACUCUGAAACGGAGAAGUCACCGGAAAAGCCCAAGUCUCUUGAUCAUACACCUGUGGCUGAGGGAAACGACACCCUUGAAACUGAUAACACAAUGCAUAUGGAACCUGAAGAAAACACAACAAAAGAAGAAAAUAAAGUGGUUAAGGAAGAAGAUGGUGAGCAUACAGAGUCAGCGGAUGGAACAGUUGCACAGAACUUGGAUCAUGGAAAGGAAGAAAACCAUUUACUGGAGUUGCCUGUUGAAUUGCCUGAAUCCCCUGUUGAGAAGCUUGAGAGUUCAGAUUCUGUAGAACAUUCUCAAGAGAAAGAGAUUGCUGAUCCGGGAUCCUCUGGGAGUCUAGUGUCAGUGCAAUUUAUGCCUUCUAAUCUUGGAGACAAUGUAGUUGAGGGUGUCACUACGGAGUCGGGUGAAUCACAUGAUAUUAGUGAUGGGCAUGAAAAUUCUCAAGUUGAGACAAAAGAGGAGAGUAAAGAAGAAGAGAGGGUCCAAGCAGAACAAAGUGAAAAGAGAAAUUCUUCUGUUCAACCCGAGGCAUCAAGUGAUAGUGAGAACAGAGAUGAUACUGACACUUCUAUUCUACAAUCUGUGACUUCUGAGGAAACCAAUAACACUGAUCAAUCAAAUAUUGAACACUUGUCCAGUGUUACUCCACCAAAUGAAUCUUCUAAGGUGGUAACUGAUAUGUUUUCACCUGAAAAUGAAACAACUGCAAAAGAAAAUGAAAGGGAGCACUUAGCCCAUGAUGUUGAAACUGACAUGAAAGAGCGUCAUUUGAGUUCUGAAAGAACUAUGUCUGACUCAGGUUCCAUGCUUGAACUAGAGAGGGUGAAAAGGGAGAUAAAAAUGAUGGAAGCUGCACUGCAAGGUGCUGCAAGACAAGCUCAGGCUAAAGCUGAUGAGAUUGCAAAAUUGAUGAAUGAAAAUGAACAAUUGAAAGCCGUGAUUGAGGAUUUCAAGAGAAAAUCCAAUGAGGCAGAAGUUGAGUCUUUGCGAGAGGAAUACCAUCAGAGAGUUGCAACUCUUGAGAGAAAGGUUUAUGCUCUCACUAAGGAAAGGGAUACACUCCGUCGAGAGCAGAAUAAAAAAAGUGAUGCAGCUGCUCUCUUGAAAGAAAAGGAUGAAAUAAUUAAUCAAGUUAUGGCAGAAGGUGAAGAGCUUUCCAAAAAACAGGCUGCUCAAGAAUCCACAAUUAGGAAACUAAGGGCUCAGAUUAGAGAUUUUGAGGAGGAGAAGAAAGGCUUGACUACUAAACUUCAGGUAGAAGAGAAUAAAGUAGAAAGUAUCAAGAGGGACAAGACAGCUACAGAGAAGUUGUUGCAAGAAACAAUAGAAAAACAUCAAAAUGAAAUUGCAGCCCAGAAAGAAUAUUAUACGAAUGCUUUGGCUGCUGCCAAGGAAGCUGAAGCAUUAGCAGAGGCUCGUGCGAACAAUGAAGCAAGAACUGAGCUAGAGAGUCGUCUGAGAGAAGCUGAGGAACGUGAAUCUAUGCUAGUCCAGGCACUUGAAGAAUUGAGGCAAACAUUAAGUAGAAAGGAACAACAGGCAGUUUUCAAAGAAGACAUGCUUCGCAGAGACAUUGAGGAUCUUCAAAAACGUUACCAGGCAAGUGAAAGACGGUGUGAGGAACUGAUUACGCAAGUUCCAGAAUCCACAAGGCCUCUUUUAAGGCAAAUUGAAGCCAUGCAGGAAACAAAUGCCAGAAAAGCUGAAGCUUGGGCUGCUGUUGAAAGAACUCUUAAUUCUCGACUUCAGGAAGCAGAGGCUAAAGCUGCAACUGCAGAGGAGAGAGAACGAUCUGUGAAUGAACGCUUAUCUCAGACCUUAUCUCGAAUUAAUGUCCUUGAGGCUCAGAUUUCAUGUCUUAGAGCUGAACAGACUCAGUUAAGUAGGACCCUUGAAAAGGAGAGACAAAGGGCAGCUGAAAGCAGGCAGGAAUAUCUUGCAGCAAAGGAGGAAGCUGACACUCAAGAAGGUCGUGUGAGACAGCUUGAGGAAGAGAUUAGAGACAUUAGACAGAAAUACAAGCAAGAGUUACAGGAGGCAUUGAUGCAAAGGGAACAUCUUCAGCAGGAGAUAGAAAAAGAAAAGGCUGCUCGAUCAGAGCUGGAGAAGACUCUACGUGUUCAUUCUUCACCAUUAUCAGAUCAAACUCCUACUACAAAGCUAAAUUCUGCUUUUGAGAAUGGGAACCUGUCUCGGAAACUCUCUAGUGCAAGCUCCCUGGGAAGCUUGGAAGAAAGCCACUUUCUGCAAGCAUCAUUGGACUCCUCCGAUAGUAUAUCUGAGAGGAGAAACAUAGGAGAAUUAAGCAUGAGUCCUUACUAUGUGAAAAGCAUGACACCCAGUUCUUUUGAAGCUGCACUUCGUCAGAAGGAGGGUGAACUUGCUUCAUACAUGUCACGCUUGGCAUCACUGGAAUCUAUUCGCGAUUCUCUUGCUGAUGAGUUGGUCAAAAUGACAGAACAGUGUGAGAAGUUGCGUGGGGAGGCUGCUGUAUUACCUGGCUUACGAUCAGAGCUAGAAGCACUAAGGAGGAGGCACUCUGCUGCUUUGGAAUUGAUGGGCGAACGUGAUGAAGAGCUGGAGGAACUUCGUGCGGAUAUUGUAGACUUGAAGGAAAUGUACAGAGAACAAGUGAACUUGCUCGUUAAUAAGAUCCAGACAAUGGGUCCAUCAAUGGGUAGCGACUAGUUUGGGCGAAGAAAGUGCUGGCUUGGGGAACGGAAAGUUUAGUGUUCAAUAACUAUUUGAGAAGACCAUGACCAUGACCAUGACCAUGUCCAUGUCUCUGGGCUGCGUGUGAUGUACAUUGGCACAGUAAUAAUAUAUUGGAGAAUAGUGCCAUCAGCCUCUGAAGAAUGAUUCGUUCAGGUUUCCAUCGGCAGAUAUAUAUUUUGUUUGCCUGGGCAGCAGAUACGGAUAGUCUCCCUUGUUAAGGGAAUGUUGUAUAGUCAGUCUUUUAAAACGUAUUCAUGCUUGGAGAGAUCCAGAGAAUAUUUUUGCUGAGUCUGUUGACAAUACAGGGUUUUCUUUUCCUCCCCAAGUGUGUGUAACGUAAAACGAGUUUUUUGUUUGGUGCUAUUUUUUUUUUUAUUAUUGUUGAAUGAAUUUUAUAUGGGUUUUAUUUAAAACUUUGGAUUUAUUAUUGAGAAUUAUAUAAAAUUUACCUCAU